UGCUCAGUCUAAUUUCAACCGCCGCGUGCGUUUGUGCGACACCCAGAACCUCUCUCCAACGUCACGAGGCCUUCUCUACUCGUUCUGGAAUUUCACCUUUUCAGUGCUCAUUUGAAUCUACAUUAGAACAAGAAAGACUAAUAUUUACUCACUAUUAUCAUCAAUUAAUUGGAAUUUUAUUAAUUCAUUUAUUCAACGUUUAUGUAAAACUUACUUUGGAUGUUAUAAUAAUGACGUACUGAUAACAAUUCGGAUGAUAUAAUUCCAUCCACUUUGUACGUAUAUUCACUAAAUAAUAUUUCAUAAAUGAUCAAGUUAAUUCAAUAAAAUAUCGUAAAACUGGUGAACGUAUCUUACUGUGCGUGUGCACACAGUAAACGCGUGUGAACAAGUAGAAAUGCCGCUGAGAAACUCGCCACGUGCGCGCUUGUGUUUAUAAAUCGAUGUCUGGAGAACCGACCAAUGAGACAAUGAUGAUACUCGAUUACACCUGUUUUCAGAAGCAACUAUACAUACGUCAUUCCCAACACAAUCAUCACCUUCUUUAUUCCCAUCACUUGGAAUCUAUUAUUAUCAGCAAUGGAAAAAAGUGUCUUUGGCAGAAAUAGGAUAAAAUGAAACUUGGUAGAAUCAAUGUCUCAUCAGGCUGGAUUACUGCUCACCUUGUUGAUGGUGUACCGGCAUCUUUUUGGUUUUGUUAAAUGAACAAAUUGAUUUACUUCAAGAAAAUAAUCACAAAGGAAUGGCUAUUUUUUGCGACAAUUUAGAUAAUAAAAGGAUCAAAAUUAAGGAUCCGAGGACUAUUGGGGACUCUUGGAGUCCCUCAUCGGAUUGGGAGUAAUCGGAGACUCCCAGAUUGAAGAGAUAAGUGUGUCUAUAUGAGUGUGUAAGUGUAUGUGUGUAUGUGAUGUUAAAAAAGAGUGGUUAAAAUGAAAAAAAGUCAAUUGAGUCAAGUCAAAUUGUCGCAGGAUUAUAAAGACUGCGACUGUAAGACAAGACUAAGAGUAAAUAUCGGUGAUGGGAUGGACAUUUAGAUUAGUAAUUGUUUUCAACAUACGAGUGGUGAAUCCAAGUGUCAAGAGAAACGUCAUAGUAAACGUCAGCGUCGUCGUCCUCGUGUCCACGUGGUGGUGGUGGAGGUGGAGAGGAGAGACGCGGACGAAAAGCUGGAGAGAAGGAGUUUUAGGGGUAGCAAGUUGGAUAAUGCGGGCGUCCUUUAUUUUAUUGGGAAUUUUGAGCGGCUGGUGGUGCGCUCUCGCGCUAAUAGCAGCACCCCCAGCCAAUUUACAACUUCAGGGACCGGAAGAUUUGUAUCCACGAAUGAGCAAGUGGUUUCCAUUCGCUGCUACGUCAAUACGACAUCAUCAUGGUGGUUGGUUAUCUUCCGGCUACGAUGCAACCGGUCAGUCAAUUGCUGUGAGGUCUAGAGCUGGUAGAUCUAGUGGCAGUGGUGGUGGAGGAGGUGAAGGCGGAGGUCGUACAAGAAGCGAAUCAAAGAGAGAACAGCGAAAACGUUGUCGUCGAAAAAAAGGUGGAGUUUGUAGAGGAAGAAACUGGUGUCCUGAUAUGGAUGUUGGUAAUCGUGCUUUCCUAGCACCCACGGUAUUUGAGGGCAAAGUACGCAGCAUGUCCUCGUCAAGGAAACCGGGAUCCAACUAUGCAGUGACCUUUGAGGUAAAGCAAGUCUAUAAGAGUCAAGCUGGCUUCCAACCACUGCGUAAAAACGACAGCGUUCGUCUGCAUUUUCGCGACAAAUCAGACAAGAGAAAUGGCAGUGGAGGAAGGUCUUCAUUGUGUCGUAACGAGGACACUGACGGCCAGACAACGAAUCACCGGUUACACACUGGUGUGAAUCAACAGUAUGGACUCCAUCAGAGUGAUCAUUCUAAAGUGGUGCGCGCCGACAUUAAGCGUGGCAAAGUGUACCUAGUGUUUGUGAAUCGUGUAGGACCUAGAAACUUUACAAUCUUGGGUGAGCCGGUGAUACGGAGCAAGAAAAACGAACAGGCGGUACAGGCGGUCAUUCGACCCGAUUACGUUCGAGAAGUGACGUUAUCGGAGCUCAGGGACUCGGUGGCAAGAACGAGAGAAAGGGUGAAACUUGUGUGUAGGACUAGAGGAUCGCCACCACCUCGAGUCCAUUGGCUGAAAGAUGGUCUGCCUCUUUAUCCCCGGAGAGGUCUGAGAAUUCAGCACAAACGGAGAAGAUCCAAAGUGGUAAUCGCAUCAGCACGACCCGAAGACAGUGGACGGUAUGAAUGCAUUGCCCAAAGUACCUCUGGCUAUCAGGCCUCUCUAGCAGCCCAACUUCUAGUCGUACAUGACACUAAAGCUACUGAAACCACAACUGUUGCAUGGCCCAGGCAGGAACAACCCUGUCCAAUAGCGGGUGACUUUUGCAUGAACGGAGGAACGUGUCUUUUCUUCGAGACAGUUGGUGAACCAGCAUGCAGAUGCGCCGAGGGUUUUACUGGUCUACGAUGCGAGACCAAGGACGUAAUCAGCACAGGAAGUGUGUACAACCGUCAUAGAGCACCAUUUUCAUGCAAGUUGGGUCUUUCGACCUCGUAUUACUGCUAACGAUAGUGGCGUGGAACCCAAUUUGGUAGCUGCUACUUCUUUUGGCGUUCCCUCUUAUUUUAUACGUCAUAUUUUAUUAUCUUUAUUAAUAUCUUUAUUAUAAUUAUUAUAAUUAUCGAUUAUUAAUUAUUCAUUACUACAACUAA